UGGGUCCGCCGGUGCUCCGAAGAAUAUCGGUACUGACAUAAUAAAAGUCAUUACACAAUUAGAGAAAAUGACAUAACAAAUCAUUUUCUUAAGUAAAGAUAAGGCGUAGACGAUUAGAAGUAGAGAUGGAGAUAAGGAAGAUAAUGAGUGGUUCAAAUAGUAAUGAUAAUAAUAAUAAUAAGGAAGAGCAGCAAUUUCAUUUCGUGCUAGUCCAUGGAGCUGGCCAUGGAGGGUGGUGUUGGUACAAGAUUCGGACUCUGCUUGAGGCUGCUGGGCACAAGGUCACAUGCCUUGACCUUAAGUGCUCAGGCAUCGAUCCCACCGAUUUCAAUACUGUCUUCACUUUCGCCGAUUAUAAUCAACCUCUUACCUCUUUCAUCUCCUCUCUUCCCCCAAAUCACAAGGUAAUAGUGGUGGGGACUAUUGCCGCUAUUUUUGGAGCUUGAGGACUAAUCUGCAUCAACGUGACCUUUUUGUGGACUUUUGCCGCAAAUUUCCCUUUUAAUAUGGAUUGAUUUAUCAUUGUUCUUUCAUAUUAUCUUUUUUCAUUAUAUUGUGUGGUAAUAAAGUUUAUUUUUUUGUUAUUUUGUGGAGGGCCUACAAUAACAGGGAAUUUACUCAUAACUUUAAUUUUAUAUAUAAUUUUUUGAUUUUGAUUUUCAACAAUUUA